AUGGAGGAAGAAACAAUAUGUCAUGUAUUAUGGACCUGUCCAACUGCAAGUGAUGUAUGGGCUGAAAGUCAAAGUGGCUUGCAAAAGUGGAUAUGUGAAGAGAAGGAUUUCUUUUACAUAUGGGAUGAGAUUCAGUCAAAGUUACAGAAGAAGAAAGUAGAAGAGGUUGCCAUGAUUUUUAAAGAAUUAUGGUUUAGAAGGAAUAGAAUGGUAUUUGAUGGUAAGUUCGAUAGUCCAAGUAAAGUAAUAACUGCUACUAUAUCAAGUCUUAGGAGUUAUCAAGAAGCUAGAGUUGAGGGAAACCAGAAUAAUGGGUUAAAUAGCCAAAGAAGAAAAGAUACAAAGUCGAAACCACUAGAUGAGGGUGUAACAAAGGUGAAUUUCGACGCUACCAUUGAUAAAACAAAUAACAGAGUUGGAAUGGGCAUAGAAGCAAGAAAGUAUAAGGGAGAGUUACUAUUAUCAAUAUGUGCAUCAAAGAUGUUUAGUGGAAUUUCGGAUCUGGCUGAAGCUACUGUCUUAUGGAGAGCUAUGGAUCUAGUUGCGGAACUAAAUGGUUGA